GCGGCUGAGCGGAGAAGAAGCCAGAGGCUACACACAAAAAAAAACUGCCAGCAUGGCAGCAAAGCAUUUUUACCGACCGGGCAUUUUAUUACUUUUAUUUAACCUGGUGUCAAGCACAGCCUUGGAGAGGAGGUUCUCGGACUUUAAAAGAUGCGCCGACGAGGAGUGCAGCAUGCUCCUGUGUCGGGGAAAAGCUGUGAAAGAUUUCUCGGGACCUGAUUGUAGGUUCCUUUCAUUCAAGCAAUCUGAAACUGUUUAUGUUUACUACAAACUUUCUGGAAGAAGGGCUGACAUGUGGGCAGGAAGUGUUGGAAGCAGCUUUGGCUAUUUCCCAAAGGAACUUGUUGCAGUAAACCACCGUUAUACUGACAAAGAAGUUGAAGUCCCUGCAGAGGAAACAGAUUUUGUCUGUUUCGAAACUGGAUUUGACAAGUUUGACACUUACGACGUAGAUCAGCUUUUAGGCUCAUCAGCGGAGAAGGAGAAUGAUAAUCCUAACACGCAAACGUCUGUCCAAAUCCAAGAGGCAGAGAGCACACGGGCUGAAUCACAGCCAUCAGUAGAGGAAGGGACUGAGAGUGACGAACAAAUCAAGCAUCUUGAUAAAGUUCCAGAAGACCAAAGUGCCUCUUUACUUAAACUUGAACUAAACGCAUCAACUGAAUCACCGUUAGUAAAGGAUUUCGAGUCUGAUGUGCAAGUUGUGCCUGAAGUUACCGAAGUAAAAAAAGUUGAGUCUGCUUUGGAAAAUGUGUCAGAAAGAAGUGAAACCAAAGAUGGAUCUGCUACAGCUGAAGUGGAAUCUUUGCCCAAAGGAGAGUUUUUUAUCAAACAAGUGUCCGUUUCAGUGGCGGAGCAGGUCCCCAAGUUAAAAACGUCCCUCGGAGCAACGUUUGACGCCGUCGUCACUGACGAAGAAACCACCACGAAAGUCACUCCACGUGUAGAGGACGUGGAAGAGGAGGCAGAUCGUGAAGAUGUCGCAGAAAAUAAAGAGGAAAUUCCACGGCUGCUUUUUUCUGAAGAAACCCCGGGUGCUUCAGCGUUGGAUUCACUCGUAAAGCAAGAAAGCCCUCCAUCAGUUCAGGACGAGGAGCCACAUACAGCAGAGGAUAAAAACCUGUGGACAAAAGUGUUUUCAGUUGUGACGGGAAGUGAGACCACAGCAGAAGAUGUGAGUUCAGAAGAAGACGACGACGAUGACGAAGAGGCAGAAACACAAGAGAAUUUAGGAAAAUCAGAGAAAGAUCCACGUUUAUCAGAAUCUCAAAACGACCCAGAGAACAUAACAGAUCCCCAAGAUGACCCUCAUCCCAACACUGUGGAGCAAAAUAUUCAAGAAACUAAAAAUGAUGAAAACCCCCUGCGUGAUGGUAAAGAUAAGGGCGUUGCAGAAGUUAUCAGACACGAGGAAGCUUUCUAUGAAACGGCAAAACCAACCGAUGAGCCGAUACACCAUCAAAUAGACGAAAGUGUCGAAGCUGUUCCUAAAGAUUAUCACGCUAGCCCCCCUCAGGAUGAUAAAUCUGAUAAUGAAACACAUGAAACCAAUGAGGACAGAAGUGAAGAGUCCACCGAUGCAGAGUUUAUCAAGAAUGAUGGUGAUAUGGAGGACAGUGAUGUUUUAACAGAGCAGGUUUUAGACAUUACCUUUGAUGAAAACAAAACUGUGACCGAACAAGAUCAGUCCACAGAAAACAAGGAAUCUGAUGAUUCACGUGUUAAAUAUGUAGAAGAUGACAAAUCACAUGAUCAUAUCCCUGAAAAUUUAGUGACGGAUGUGGAAAGUAAUAGCAGUCGGAUGGGAUCGCCUGUGGAGGAAGCAAAGGUUCAUGAGCUGCCUCAAACAGAGGAAGAGGAUGAAAAAGAUGCAGAAAAUGAAGAUCGUAACGGAAUAGAAGAAGAGUUACUUGAAGAUGAAAAUGCACUUUUGUUGUCACAGUCGGACGACAUUCACGCUGAGAAUCCCUCGCCCGAAACAACCCGGUCCGUUGAAUCCGCUCCAGAGCUAGAAUACAGCGACAGCAUACUGAGACUGACUCUGCUGAGGGAGCACUUCACAGAAGAAAACAUGUCGCGGCUGCAGAGGCUUCUCGGCAUGAAGAACCUGUACAAAGUCGAGGCCAUGUUCUCUGAUCUGGACACAGAGCUGCUGGCUAUCCGUGUGUCGAACACAGGAUCCACGCAGGACAUUGAAAAUGCACUUGAGAGCAUCCUGGAAGUUUCAGAAAACCCCAUCCUGGACGAGAUUGAGAAGAUGCUCGAUAUGCAGGAGGCAAAACAAGAUUACGAGCUUCAUGCGAACACAAGCAGUGUGGAUGAGGAAACUGAAGUACUUGACGACUUUCAAGAGCUCGCUUUCAGUCUGCGGCAAAAGUACUCGACAGUCAGCGACAGUGCACCUUUAACCACAGAAACAUCUUUGGACAGUGUACGAGAUGAACCUCAGUCGAAUGUUAAAGAAAACACCUCCCACGUUGUCGAAGAAAAGGAUGACAACACACCUGAAACCAGUCGCGACGACAACCUCGCUGUAACGGACCAAGAAGAAGAACCUGAAAAGAUUAAAGAGGAACAGGUAGUUCAGGAGGAGGUGACUGGUGGACCUGAUGUCAGUGUGGAGGUGACCGGUGGACAGUUUAUUCAAAACAAAGACGAUCAGCCAAGCUUCACUGGAUCAGAAGAGGAGCAACAGCUCCCCGAAGCCACUCUGGAAACUCCUUCAGACAUGAGCCUCGAGGCUGAGACUGAACACUCUCUCUCAGACUCUACAAACUCUGUGGAGAGUGGGACUGAAAUACACGAGGAAGAAACUGGAGUCUUCGCAACUGGACUGGUUUACAUGGGGUGCAUUUUCUCACUAAUGAAAAAUAAAACUGCCGAUUGGACCACGGUGAUGAUUUCCUUGCUGCCAGAGGAGUGGAAGCCAGGGGAAACGCUGUUUGGUUGUCCUUGGCAAGCCGUUGUCAUCACUGCUUUGGUUGGAGCGCUGAGCUUCACCCUCUUUUUCUGGAGGACUGUUUUGGCUGUUAAGAAGAAGGAAUACCUCGUGGAUGAAAAAAAACUCCAAGCCCAAAUCCAGGCGCUCAGAAAAGAGAAGUCGGAUGCUCAAACCAAAGUAGUUGAACUCCAGAAGCAGACUGAACAGCUGAAAGAAAACCAAAAACAAUCAAAAGAGACCGUCAGUUUUAAGAUGAAAACCAUACAAGACUUGGAGAGUAAAGUUUCAGAGGCGGAAAAAGUCAAUGGACGCGUUUUUGAAGAAAAAAAUAAAUACGCAAAACUACUGGAAGAAGAACGUGCCAUGUCUUUGGAAAAUAAAAGCAGGCUUGAAAAAUUAGAGAAAUCAAACGAGAAGUUGCAGCUCGGCAGAAAAAAGGUUCAGGAAGCCCUCGCUAAGACUACUGUUCUCCUGGACGAGGCCAAGAUUCGUGAAGAUGCACGAAACGCCCAACAAAAAAGUCUCCAGAAAGAAUUUACCGCCAUAAAGGAAGAAAACAAAAACCUCAAAGCAGCUAUUAAAGGCUGGGAGGCAAAGCACAAGGAGCUGAACGAGAAGAUUAAAGUUUAUCAGAAGUCCCAGAAGGAGCUGGAGGACUCUGUGGUGCUCAAAGACCACAAUCUGGAGGUGCUGUCUGAUCUCCUGGCUGAUCUGGAUGCAUGCGAUCUGCAGAAAGGUGAAACCAAAGUUUUAGCAAAUGGUGAAGUAGCCACUGAUAAGAAGACGGUCAUAAAAAGCAGAAUCAGGCAGAUGAUGGACGUGUCCAGGAUCCAGACGACUCUCACUGUUGUUGAAGAAGAGCGGGAUCGCUUCAUGGCAAAACUACUGAACGAAGAAAAGUCGAGGAAAGAACUAGAAGAAAAACAUCAGGAGCUGGAACACGCGAUCGGAGUCCUAAAGAGCGAUAAGAGCCAGGUCGAGAACCAAUUCAAGGUCCUCCAGCAGAAAAAUGAAAUCAUGGUUGAAAUGUAUCAGCAGAAGGAGAACGCUCUGCAGCAGAGGUUAACAAAAGAGGAGCUGGAGCGACGCAGUAAAGAGAAUCUGCUGUCUGAAGUUGGAGGUAAAGCCCUCGAAGCGGAGGAGCAGGUGAAAAUCUUACGGCAGCGCAUCAACGAGAUGGAGGAGCAGAUGGCGAAGACUGAAGACGUCUACAAAGAGCAGAUAAAAGAGCAGGAAAACAAAACUCAUUCCAACUGGGUUAACGCUCGUAACGCAGAGCGGGCGCUGAGUCAAGAAAAGCUUGAAUCAUCAAAGCUGCGCGAAAAACUGGUUGUGAUCACCUCCCAGCUUAAUGAGCGCCGCGCUCCUCUGUUCAGGCCCAACUCUGGUCAGCCUGCAGGUCCUCGCCAAGGUGAUUCAUACGGGCCCUCUCCUGUGAGUGGAGGUGCUCCAUCCCCUCCUAUAAUGAUCGAGGGUCCCAGGCGCCCUCCUUCUGCCCCAGUUGGGCGAAGAAAUGACCCGUAUGGUCCUCGUCCUCCAUCUGAUCCACAUGGUUGUUACCCAGAAAACAAACACGUCCCUGGGAUGGACAUGAUGGGACCUCGUAGCUCGUCUCCAGCCAACCUGGAUGGAACCACCCAAGCAGUAGAGGCACAGAUAAAAGCAGAAACUCAGGCUGUGGUUUCCACAGAGAGUCCAGAGCCAGGACCUGGAUCCUUCCUGGUGUCACCAAUCAGAGACUCGCCCAGCUCCAUGGCCCAAGGACCUCCACCGGGCCCUGGACCCCACGACCCACUACUUCCUCCUGGACCCGGUGUGCGUCUGCCGCCACCCGGACCUUACAGAUUGCUACGACCUGGUCCAUACCAGCUCCCACCUGGUCCUCUUCCUCCAAAUGUACCUCCUCCCUAUCGCGGUCCCCCUCUGCCAGCCAAUGGUAUGCUCCCUCCUGGACCCAUGGGAGGAGAGUUUGGACCUCGACCUGCCAAUGGACUUGUAUUCCACCCCAGACCAGGUCCCGGACCUCUAAUUGAUCCUCGAGGUCCUCCACCACCACACUUCCGUCCUCCUCCACCUCAUAGUUUUGGACCCAUUCCACCACCCGGUGUCCAUGGGCCUGUGGGACCUCGACCACCUGUCCCUCCUGAUAUGCGCUUCCCAAGACCUCGAGACCACAUCACCCCACCGAUGGACCUACCUCCAGGUGUCCGACCCCUUCCUGGCGACGCAUAUGGUCAGGCUGCACCCAGUGCCAUCCAGAACUCAGCGGGCCCUCAGAGCGGCCCUGGUCAGGACCUGCACAUGAGGCAGGAGCCCCCUCAGGACUCAGUGAGGCCACCACUGGUCAAGCCUUAACACCACCACCAGCUACGGCAAAGGAAUUAACCACAUGUUCACCUCUAGACUAAUAGGAUAACCCCGAUCACGUCCAAAAACAGGUCAUGAUUUUCAUUUUUCUGUUAUUAUUAUUUAAUUGCAAUAUUAAAAAAGAAAACAAGGUCUUUAAAGAAUCAUUGAUCAGUGUCUCUGAGAAGCCGAUUGUGCAAUAACACUUCAGAUGUUUAAUCUUUUAAAAAAUAUAUAAAAUUCCUUUUUUUAAAUGUUUUCUGUGGAAAUCAUUUUUUAGCAUCAGGGUUUAAGUUUUAGCAUUUCAAGAUUUCCACUUGUUUCAAAACGAGCGUACAGGAAAUGUGUAAUUUGAAGGGCAGAUGUAUAAGUUAUUUUACUACGUUGAUAGAACUUUUCAUAAUAAAGGAUGUAAACGUGUCACUUAUCGACUGCAGGAUGUGCUUUAUAUUCUCUGACCAGGGCUUGAAAGAGAUGAAAACUUCAGAUAAAUUAUGG